AACCGUGCCCAUCGCACCCAUUGCCAGAAGACUUAGGAAGAGACUCCACAUCAUCACCUACGGGUAUGCAUUCUGGUACGUAAAUUCGCGAUCUCCCGCAUUCUGGCGGCGACAACCAGUUCCUACCCACAAACACCACUGCCAGGGCCUUGACCAGUUGGAGGGCCCAAAUCUGAACUUCAUGCGCCCUCCCCAGCUCACAGAGAGUUCCCGAGUCAGUUGGAGGAGAGAGUCUGACAUUGCGAUAGCCACGAGACUUGACAUGUCUGGUGAGCAUCGGUUUUGAUGAAAUCACACUAAGUAGCUAUGUCGAGCGUGUUCGCCAGAUGGUGCGACCUAUAUCUGCACAACAAGGGGCCUGUUUCAGCUCAAAGACAUUAUCCGUAGCUCAUUGCCUCCUCCCCAAGUGCAGCUCACCCGCCACCGAUUCCCGCAGGCCCAACAAUCAGCCUAUCACUCGCUGGUACAUGCUACCUCCGCAUACGCCCGGUAAUGGCGACCCUUGCGCUGACAUUUCACUUACAAAAUUGACUGCUCUCUUACAGGCCGAUCGCGUCUCUGGACGCGUGACGGCCAAUGCUAGCGGAACAAGCCGUAGUACGUCAUCAAAGUUGUCAACCGCCAAGCACGAAUAAAACGGCAAAACUCUGAUGGCGCUUCACUACAAUCGGCCCGACGACACAAUCACUAUAAACGAGUAAAAUGUGCAGGAGGCCUUUCGAACGAGGCUAAAGAUUUGACCGACAGCGACACCAUCGCAAGCGCAUGUAACUAGGUGCUCAACGUGCUCUCCCUUGUGCUUUUCGGACUUGGUGAU